CGGUACUCGCAUCCAGACAAAUCAGUCGUUAAAAACAAGUGACAAGUGUUAAGUAGAGUUGACAGAAGGAAUAGAAUAUCGACGGAUUUCGCGCUAUCUAGACGAGAUUAAAUUUUGUUCGAUCUAAGGAAUACAGACGUCCGUUCGUUCGUUGGAUUAACGCGUUCGCGCUAUGAAGCGUUUAGUGAUUUGUUUCUUGUUGCUGGGCAUAUGCCAUGCCGUACCCACUUUGCAUAAACUGAAAGCGUUUAAGAAAUCUCUGCUCUUUGGUGGAGGUGGUGGUGGUUGCGGCGGCGGCUGUGGCGGUUAUAGCGGUGGUGGUGGAGGCUAUGGCGGUGGUGGAUAUGGUGGUGGUGGUCACGGAGGUUAUGGCACCCCGAGCAUUCAGGUCUACGCCGUGAAGCAAGUGCCUUCGUAUAGCAGCGGCGGUUACGGUGGUGGCGGUUAUGGCGGUGGUGGUGGUGGUUAUGGCGGUGGUAGUGGCGGCUGUGGUUCCGGUGGCUGCGGCGGUGGCAGCGGUUAUAGACCCAACUAUGGCGGUGGUGGCUUCGGCCCAAGCUAUGGUGGCGGCGGCGGUGGUGGCGCUGGCGGCUCAUACUCAACCAGCAGUGCGAGUAGCUUCAGUUCCGCCAACAGCGGUGGCUUCGGUGGCAACGGUGGUUAUGGUGGCAACGGCGGUUAUGGCGGUCAUCCAGGCGGUGGCGGCGGCGGUAGUUGCAAUACUUGUGGUGGAGGCGGUGGUGGCGGCAGCCCAGGUGGCUAUGGAGGUUAUGGUGGUGGUAGCGGUGCGUACUCCAGUGCUCAGUCUUCAGCAAGCGCUCACUCUAGCUCAUGGGGAAAAUAAAAAGUUGGCAGUUGGUUAAGUGUUUAAGUUGCAUAACUAGUUCUAAACUUUUACGAAUUUAAAUAAACGAAUGAAUUUUAUAAUAAAAAUAAAAAAAAAAUUGUUUUUAAGUGAAAUAUGACAUAAAUUAGUGAAAUAAAGCACUUUUGUAUUUAUAAAAGGAA